ACUAGCUUGGCCACCAAUCUGGUUUGGUCAGGCAGUGGAAAAAAAAAAAAAAGGCAAAGGAUAUCUCCCUCUUGCCUGUUUUUCUUCUGUUGAUGAGGGCAUUUGCUUCUUUUUGGAAAAUACCACUUGAUAAGGGGGGAGGGUUUUGGAUCUCAAUAGAGGAGUAAUAAAGCCGCCAUCUCUAGGAUGGAUUUUUUUUCUCUUUUCUUUCUUAAGAAUGUCCUGGCUACUGCUCAGCUGCUCGGUAACCCUAUCCCUCCAGAGAAUGAGGAAACUCAUUGGUGCAAAUUGUCACCAAGCUUGUCAGACUACCUGAACUGUCCCUGAAAUUGUAGGUGGCUGUGUCGGGCUGGUAGUGGUUCAGAGGAAGAGUUUAGGGCUGGCAGCGGUCUGAGUAUCUGCCUUGGGUAGUACCCGAAGGUUGUAACGUUGUCUAUAUAUACCCUGUAGAACCGAAUUUGUGUGGUAUCCACAUAGUCACAGAUUCGAUUCUAGGGGAAUAUAUGGUCGAUGCAAAAACUUCACAUUUCUCCGAAAUAGCAAGAAAUAGAGGUGGAGACCCCGAUGUGGGUCAGUCACCUCUUUCUGUUCCCAAAAGAUCGACUGUCCCUGGUGACAUCCUGCAGUUUUUUCCUCAGGAAGCUCCCCACUUUUAAAUAGAGGCUUCAGUGGGUGCUGCUGCAAAAAGAAAACCCUAACUGGUUGCAUGAACACUGGGCCAAAAGGGUUAGGUUUUGGGGUACUGGGGAGUGGAGCAAAUGAUCAGCUAGUUCCAGCUACUGCUCUGCCCCCCCAGGAGAUAUACCCCAACGGGAAUUAACUGGGUUUGGGAUAUUUGUGUGGGGUCAAAAGUAAGCUGGGAAAAAAGGCCAGUAGGCACCUUUGGGGGGCAUUUAGGUGAGGCAAGGGUCCUCUCAUCACCUUCUGGGCCCAAUCUUCAGAUGCAAGAACCUUGGCAUCUGGUUGCUGCCAUAUCAGAAAGGCCCAGCUUUAGCUAGCAACACCCCAGCCUGGGCACCUGUAGAAAAGCAUGGUGGUUACUCAUUGCCUAACUUAAUUCAGGCCCACCAGAUUCUGGUAACUUUUGGGUGACCCUGAUGAAGACAAAGCCGGACUCGGUCUUUGUACGCAGAGUCCCAGCUCUGGCGGGCUGGACAGGCAAAGUGCCCGCCUGGGGUAUUCUGCCCAACUCAGGGGCCACCUCAUGCACGCACCUUUCGUUGCUUGCACCCAAUAAAAGAAUUCAUUCUCCCUUUCUCUGCGCCCAGUUUGGGGGGAGUACUUUCAUGCGAGGGUGAGGGGAGAGGGCAGGAGAGGUUAGCAAAAGUCAGUGGAAACAAAAGCUGAGAUUACCUGCUGAAAAUAGGGGUGACGGAGAUCGGAACUAGGUUAACAUCUGGCAGGGGCCCUCAAAUGUGGCACGGCAAGUCAUUUGAUUACACGUAUGUUAUUUAGUUAAAUUUGUGAAAAUUAUGAUAUGCUCACCAAACCGGUGAUAAACUCGCUCCCUCCCCAUUGGUUGGCCUGGUCACAUGGCCGCCCAACUUUAUUCAGUUGACAGCAAGUAGGAGGGCCCUAUGGAAGGAGAAAAAAAGACAACACGAGAAAAAUUAGUAUUUUCUACCUUCUGAAAUUAAUGGCCAUGAGUUCGUAUAUGGUGAACUCUAAGUAUGUGGACCCCAAGUUUCCUCCAUGCGAGGAAUAUUUGCAGGGCAGCUACCUAGGCGAGCAGGGUGCAGACUACUACAGCAGCGGCGCACAGGGCGCCGACUUCCAGUCCCCGGGGCUGUACCCGCGGCCCGACUUCGGGGAGCAGCCCUUCGGAGGCGAGAGUACCUUUGGGGAUCCUGCAUUGCGAGCCUAGGGGAGUAGGUGGGAGUGAGGGGGUGCGCCAGGCAGAGGGUGGGAGGGAGGAAGCCUGGGAGCUUAGGAGACUCCGAGGGCCUUGGGGCGCGCCAGGAAGUGAGCAGCACAGGCGAGGGGCCUAACUAGUGGCUGGGUGCUGACCUGGAUGUGCCAUCUGUUUUGCCUCACAGUGAAUCCCAACUACACCGGUGGGGAGCCCAAGCGUUCCCGGACGGCCUACACUCGGCAGCAAGUCCUAGAACUGGAAAAGGAAUUUCAUUUUAACAGGUAUCUGACGCGGCGCCGUCGGAUUGAAAUUGCUCACACUCUCUGUCUGUCCGAGCGCCAGAUCAAGAUCUGGUUCCAGAACCGGAGGAUGAAGUGGAAAAAAGACCAUAAGCUGCCCAAUACUAAAGGCAGGUCAUCAUCGUCAUCUUCCUCCUCCUCCUGCUCCUCCUCAGCCGCCCCUGGCCAGCAUUUGCAGCCGAUGACCAAGGACCACCACAUGGACCUGACGACCUUAUAGAAGUGGGGACCUUGGGCCC